AUGAUGAAAAGGGACAUGCAUUUUGUUCACAUUCUUUUCUUAUUAACUCUUUCUCCUUUGAUUUGUGUUAGUGGUAAGCAUUUUGUGCUUGUUCAUGGAGCAUGCCAUGGUGCAUGGUGUUGGUUUAAGGUGGCAACUUUGCUUAAAUCAGCUGGUCAUAAUGUUACACUUAUUGAAAUGGCUGCUUCUGGCCGGUAUCAAUCCAAUACAGAGGAGAAGGUGGUUCUUGUUGGUCAUAGUCUUGCUGGAUUGUCUAUGUCUGUUGCUAUGGAAAAGUUUCCGGAGAAAAUUUCAGUUGCAGUUUUUAUUACUGCAUUUGUGCUUAGUCAAAACCUCACUUACCCUGCUAUUCUUCAAGAGCAAUCUAGAAGAAACCAUUCUAUAAUGGACACAAAGGAUUUCUAUUUUGAUGGACCAAACAAACCUGCAACUGCUAGAUUGUUUGGACCUAAAUACUUGGCAUCCACUUUUUAUCAAUUAUCACCACCUGAGGAUUUGACCCUUGCAUUGUCCCUGGCGAGACCUAUGCCACUUUAUAAUGAUUAUGAUUUAUUGUUGAAGGAAACAGCAGUUACCUAUGAUAGAAAUGGAAGGGUACCUAAAGUUUUUAUCAUAGGUAAAAAAGACAAAUUAGUAUCAGAGGAUUUUCAAAGGUGGAUAAUUGAGAGAAGUGGUCCAUAUGCUGAGGUGAGAGUGAUUAGGAAUGCUGAUCACAUGGUCAUUGUCUCUAAACCGAGGACGCUUACUUCUCUGCUUCUAAGGAUUGCAAGUAAACCAAGGAAGGUUACUUCUAUGCUUCUAAAUAUUGCAGGAAGUACUAAUCUAUAA